AUGGGUCUCGACAAGUAUACUUUUGGUGUGGCCCUUUUCGCCAGCCUGGGCACAUUUCUCUACGGAUAUGACACGGGCAUUGUGACCACCACCAUUGCCCACCCAAGUUGGGUGGAAUAUAUGCACCAUCCAAAUCCCGCUCUUGUGGGAGCUGUCGGCGCGAUCUACAUUGGUGGGGAAGCCGUGGGCUCGCUCAUUCAGAUCGCCAUUGCAGACAGGCUCGGUCGUUUACGUUUCAUGCAAUUGCUCUGUGUGAUUGUGACCGCUGGGUGUAUCAUUCAAACAGCUGCGGUUAAUAUGGGCAUGCUGCUUGCGGGGCGCAUUCUCACGGGCAUCGCUGUUGGCUCGCUUGCGGCGACUGUGCCUGUCUAUCUAUCUGAGAUUAGUGACCCCAGGCAUCGUGGCUUGAUAGGUGGUCUCUCUGGAGUCAACCUGUCAUGCGGGAUCAUGGUGUCAAAUUGGGUUGGCUUUGCCUGCAAUUAUGCUCCUUAUGGCCAGCUCCAGUGGCGGCUGCCCCUCGGCCUCCAGAUCCCUUGGGGAGUCGUCAUGUUCAUUGGCCUGGCUACCUUCAUGCCAAACUCGCCACGCCAUCUCCUCCAGAAAGGCAAGGUCGAAGAAGCCCGCACGGCUUUCGUCAAGAUCCGUCGAGAUCUCCAGUCACACGAGGUGCAGCAAGAGUUUGCCUUGAUGACAUCCCAGAUUGCAUUCGAACACGAGCAACGAAGCCCGUCUUUGCUGAGUGCAUUCAAGCGCUACCGUCACCGGGUACUCGUGUCCAUCUCGGUCCAAGUCCUAACGGCAAUCACGGGUGUAAAUGUGAUUCAGUACUACCAAACGACACUCUACAAAUCCUUGGGUAUCGAGAGCAAAACAAUCCUUGCGUUGACAGCUGUUUGGGGCACGUGCGCCUUUCUAUCCAGUGCCCUUUCCAUUCCAUUCCUUCCCGAUCGCAUAGGAAGGCGGAAGAUGCUACUCGCCGGUGUUCUCUGGGUGGCCAUCACCGAGAUCUAUGCUGCAGUCAUGCAACGUGAAUUUCAAAACACAGAUAAUCGAGUCGGCAAAGGAUUUGCAAUUCUCGGCAUCUACGUCUUCACCGUUGGUUACUACAGCUUGAUUAAUCCUGUGACCUGGCUUUACGGAGCAGAGGUACUUCCCGUGGCACUCCGAAACAAGUUCAUGGGUUUUGCAGCAUUCGCACACUACGCCGUCAAUGUCGGAAUCACCGAAGCAGGGCCCAGUGCCUUUCAGAAUAUUCACGAGAACUACUACUAUGUGUUCGUCGGCUGUUGUGCUGUAUACUUUUUUAUCAUCUACUUUUAUUAUCCAGAGACUAAACAGAAGACUCUGGAAGAAAUCGCUGCUGCUUUUGGCGACGAAGUCGUCGAGGUGGAUGUUGCACAGGACACACUCGGUGGCAAAGUAGCCAUCGAAGCCAAAGUCACCAACGUUGCGCACAUUGAGGACGGAUUUUAG